CUGCUGCUGCGCCUCGCCGGGCUCGCCGGCUUGCUAGCGGCAAGACCUGGUUAUGAAAAUUCAUUCCUACAAAUCAUUAUUCCAGAGAAAAUCCAAGAAAGUUCAAGUGAUAAUUUAGAAGUAAAACAUGAACAGAUAUCCUAUAAAAUUCAAAUAGAUGAGACACCAUAUACUGUGCACCUUAAGCAAAGAUAUUUUUUAGCAAAUAAUUUUAUAGUUUAUUUGUAUAAUCAAGGAUCUGUGAAUUCUCACUCUUCAGAUAUCCAGUCUCAAUGCUACUAUCAAGGAUAUGUCGAAGGAUAUCCUAAUUCUGUUGUCACGCUCAGCACGUGCUCUGGACUGAGAGGAAUACUUCAAUUUGAAAAUGUUUCUUAUGGAAUUGAGCCUCUGGAAUCUGCAAUUGAAUUUAAGCAUCUUGUUUAUAAAUUAGGGAAUGAAAAGAAUGUAUUUGAAAAUUUUGACAGAAGCAUAGAAGAGCACCCAAUGGACUCUACCAUUUUUAUAAAUACAAAACCAGAAUCAGUUGUUCCAGAAUUAUUUCCUCUUUAUCUAGAAAUACAUAUUGUGGUGGACAAAACUUUGUAUGAUUACUUGGGCUCCGAUAGCGUGAUAGUAAUGAAUAGAGUCAUUGAAAUUAUUGGCCUUAUAAAUUCCAUGUUUACCCAACUUAAAGUUACUGUCGUGCUGUCAUCAUUGGAGUUGUGGUCAGAUUACAAUAAGAUCCCGACAGCUGGUGAGGCAGAUGAUUUAUUGCAUAGAUUCUUAGAAUGGAAACAGACUUACCUUACCCUCAGGCCUCAUGAUGUUGCAUAUCUGUUAAUUUAUAGGGAUUAUCCAGAUUAUGUGGGAGCGACAGUCCCUGGAAAGAUGUGUAUUGACCGCUAUUCUGCAGGAAUUGCCUUGUAUUACAAGGAGCUAACUUUGGAAGCCUUCGCAGUGAUUAUCACCCAGAUGCUGGGACUCAGCCUGGGCAUGUCGUAUGAUGACCCACGAAGCUGUCACUGCUCAGAGGUUGUCUGCAUAAUGCAUCCGGAAGCCAUGCAAUCCAGUGGUGUGAAGACUUUUAGCAAUUGCAGUGUGAGUGACUUUGAACGUUUCAUUUCAAAUACGGGUGCCAGCUGUCUGCGGAAUAAGCCUCAAAUGCAAAUGAAAGCAGCAACCUGUGGCAACCACGUCGUGGAGGACCAAGAAACCUGCGACUGUGGUACUGAGGCUGAAUGUGGACCAAACAGCUGUUGUAACUUCCAGACGUGUACACUGAAGACUGGGGUCCAGUGCAGUGAGGGGCUGUGCUGCAAGGACUGCCAGUAUGCAAGUGCAAACACUGAAUGUAGGCCCAAAGCACAUCCCGAAUGUGAUAUCGCUGAGGUUUGUAAUGGAAGCUCAGCAGAAUGUCCUCCAGAUGUAACUAUAAUCAACGGACGCACCUGCCAAAAUGACAAGUAUUUUUGUUAUGAUGGAGACUGCCACGAUCUUGAUAGGCGUUGUGAAAGCAUUUAUGGAAAAGGUUCAAAAAAUGCUCCAUUUGCCUGCUAUGAAGAAAUACAAAGUCAAACAGACAGGUUUGGGAACUGCAGGGAUAAAAAUAACAGAAAAGUAUUCUGUGGAUGGAGGAAUCUUAUAUGUGGAAAAUUAAUUUGUACCUACCCUCAUCGAACUCCUUUCCAGCAAGAAAAUGGUGCUGUAAUUUAUGCUUAUGUGCGGGAUCAUGUAUGCAUAUCUGUAGACUACGGAUUGAAGGACACAGACCCAGACCCAAUGAUAGUCAAAAGUGGUGCUCACUGUGAUACUGGGAGGAUUUGUAUAGACAGUGUAUGUGUAGAGUCAAGAUUCCUUCAAUAUGCAGCACACAAUUGUGGACUAGCAUGUUCUGGACAUGGAGUGUGCACUUCGAAACACACAUGCCAGUGUUCUGAGGGCUACUUGCCUCCAAACUGCAGGGACCGCGCCAGAGGAGAAGCUGUGCCAUUGGUUAAGGGAAAGGGCAAAAUAUUUUUCACAGUCCGUGUGAUCUCAGUUCUGAAAACAUUUUCCCUGUAUGUAGAAGUGCUGCCACGUUUCCGUUAG